AUGCCGUCCCUAUCUUCCACAUACCUCAUCCCUGCGCUCCUAUGCAACCCUGCGUUCAUUCUUCACCUCAUCAAUACUUUCGCUUCCCAUUUCUUGCCUUCACCGCCAACCUUAUCGCAUUCUCCCCAUCCGUUUAUGGAGAACCUUGGACCAGUCCCCGGAACCACAUUGUACAUGGACGUGCACGACGAUGAACAAAUGUGUUGGAAAUAUACCGCCGUCAUGGUUGUGGUGCAACUGUUUGCUUUUGGAAGGGUGUCGGAGAAGCGAGGCCAAAGAAAGGCAAGGCGGGCGGCAAGGCUCGAGAAAGAGCGAUUGGAGAAAUUGGAGAAAUCGGAAAACGACCUUCGGCAAAUUAUGUCCCAAGGAGAAGGCAUUGUAAAAAGCUGGGAUGGCACUUGCGAAUCCCCAGAAAAUGGCGCAUUGAAACUGGCGACUGAAAACGGACACGCAAAUGAUAAAGCUACAAAUGGAGGAAAGAAAUUUGAGACGGAGAGUGAAGCGAGCAUGACAGAGACGAGUGAGGAGGAAAUGUUAUUCGACACACGGCAUUGGAGUUCACGGUCUGCGCGUACAAAUAGGAGAUAUGAUGAUGGACAGAAGAAUGGAAUACAUUUUCCAUCUCUGGAACUGAACCUCGGAAGUGCUCGGAGGAGGUAUGCAACCGCUGCUGACUAA